AAAUGGAUUAAGCAACAUUUAAGGCAAUAAAAGUGAAACUUACAGAUUAUGAAAUUUUAUAAACUCUAGGCACUGGUUCAUUUGGUAGAGUUAGAUUGGCUAAAAAUAAAGAAACAGGGGAAUAUGUAGCUUUGAAAAUGUUAAAGAAAGCAGAGAUUUUGAGAUUAAAAUAAGUAGAUCACAUUAUAUCUGAAAAUACUAUCUUAUCUAAUAUAAGUCAUCCUUUCUUAGUAUACAAUUUUACUAUUUUAGAUUAAAAUGCUAGGAUUUACUUAAGAUGAAAGAUAUCUUUAUUUUCUUCUUGAGUAUGUGUAAGGUGGUGAACUCUUUACUUACUUAAGAAAUAAAGGUAAAUUGGAGAAUGAUGAAGCAGUGUAAGUUUAUUAUAAUAAAAUUAGAUUUUAUGCAUCUCAAGUUGUUCUUAUGUUUGAAUAUUUACAUUCAAAAAAUAUUGUUUAUAGAGAUCUUAAACCAGAGAAUCUCUUAAUUGGAUCAGAUGGUUAUCUAAAAUUAACUGAUUUUGGUUUUGCAAAAUAAGUUGAAGGAAGAACUUAUACCUUAUGUGGUACUCCAGAAUAUUUGGCUCCAGAAAUUCUUCUUAAUAAAGGUAUAACAUUAUAUAUUAUCUAACUAAAGGUCAUGGAAAACCAGUUGAUUGGUGGUGUUUAGGUAUCUUGAUUUAUGAAAUGUUGGCUGGAAUUGAUCCAUUUAAUGAUGAAGAUCCUAUGGCUAUAUAUUAGAAAAUAUUAAAGGGGAAGGUAAAAUUUCCCAGAAAUUUUUAACAGUAAGUAAAUUGAAUUCAUUUUUAUCUAGAGAAGCCAAAAGUUUAGUCAAACAUUUGUUAGUUGCUGAUUUAACCAAAAGGUUUGGAAAUCUUAAAGGAGGAGCUAAUGAUAUUAAAAUGCAUAGAUGGUUUUAAGCUAUGGAUUGGGAAUUUCUAGUUUAAAAAAAGCUAUAGCCUAAAUAUAAACCAGUAGUUAAGUAUAAGAAUUAAUCUAUAAAGGAACAAGGGGGAUACCUCUAAUUAUUCUACUUAUCCUGAUAGUACUGAGUUACCUAAACCAGUUAAACCUACUGAUGAUCCUUUUAUAGGAUGGUGAAUGUGAUAUUUUAAAUAAAAUAAUUUUUAA